UUCUACCUUUCCCCCCUCCACAACCGUGUGCCUUGCUGCAGCGUCCCAGAGGGCCUGGACCCACAGGAGCACUCCCACUUCUGGUGGCCCCGAGGUUGCAAAGAGAGCUCUUCCAACCUUUCUGAAGACUUUGGAUGCGACAAGUAUUGGCCACGGAGAUUAGAAUGAAUUUAAGGAAGCAAAAGAUCACCGUGGGCCAGUAGAUGAGUUCUGGGGAGCUGGGAGCUCAACAGUCAACAGCUUUUGCCUGAGGCCCAAUGGACGUGGCUCAGCCUUGGAAGCAGAAGGAGGCCAAAGGGUGUAAGUGCUGAGGAAGAGGAGGAGUGGAGCCCCUUAGCAUCCAUGUCACUGGCCAUGAAAGCUCGGCAGAAGGUGAAACGGAAGGGACCGGCCAAAGAUCGGGUCUUUGGGUGUGAUCUGGUGGAACAUUUGCAAUCAUCUGGCCACGACGUUCCUCAGGUCCUGAAGAGCUGCACAGAGUUUGUGGAACAGCAUGGAAUCGUGGAUGGCAUCUAUCGCCUCUCAGGAGUCUCUUCAAAUAUCCAAAAAUUAAGGCUUGAGUUUGACAAUGACCGGAACCCUGAUCUUAACAAAGAAGUCUACCUGCAGGACAUUCACUGUGUGAGCUCCCUUUGCAAGGCUUACUUCAGGGAACUGCCCAAUCCGCUUCUCACCUACCAGUUGUACGAUAAGUUUGCAGAAGCUGUGGCCAUCCAGCUGAAAGAAAGCCGACUGGAAAAAAUCAAGGAAGUGCUGAAGGACCUUCCACCGCCACACCACCGAACCCUUGAAUUCUUGAUGAAACACCUCGUUCGGAUGGCGUCUUUUAGUUCCCAGACCAACAUGCACGUGCGGAAUCUGGCUAUUGUCUGGGCUCCCAACCUGCUCAGGUCCAAGGACAUUGAAGUGUCUGGCUUCAAUGGCACAGCAGCCUUCAUGGAGGUCCGCAUCCAGUCUAUUGUAGUGGAGUUUAUUCUUACCCAUGUGGAACAGAUUUUUGGAGAUGCUCCUCUCUGUGGUGGUACCCGUGAAUCCAUCAGGAAGUCCCUCCUUGCUAUGUCACCAGUGGUUCUUCCUGAUGAGAAGUAUUGUCUUCCCUACAAUGUGCCAGCCAUGCUGAACCAGGGGGAUGGGCCCCCCCAGAUGCGACCCUACCACACCAUCAUCGAAUUCAAUGACAGCAAAAGAAAAGGGUCCUUGAAGGCCAAGAAAUGGAAGUCAAUCUUCAACCUAGGACGAUCCAACCAUGACUCCAAACGCAAGUUGAAUAAGCCAGAAGACAAAGAUGACAAAAUGGGUCAGAUUCGCCUGCGUCCAGCCAAAAGCAUGGAUUCACUCAGCUGUAUGCCAUCUGUCAUUGAUGAUGAUGCCCACUUAGGGAGGGAGAUAUCCCAAAAGCAUGAGAGUUUUGAUGGGCCAGUUUCACUCGACAGCAGUUUCUUGGAAUCUGGGUAUGUUUCUGCAAAGAGUAAAUCUGAAGACAUGCAGGAUGAAGCCACCAAGUCAGAACCCACCACCCCAAAAAGUAGCAGGUCCAGUCUCGUUGGAGGGACCCCUCAAGGGCGUUCCCCCAAGAAUGCAAGGAACCGGGCUGAGAAAUGUGCUGGGGUCCACAUCUCAGGACCUUUCUCAGUCACUGUCCCAUUCCACAUCACAUCCAACCUCACAUUGUCCCGGCUGACCCGUGGGCUGGAGUGUCCAGCUCUGAGCUACUGCGCCUUGGAUAAUGAGACUCCUGAGGCCAUUUCUUCCAAUGAGGAAGAUUUUUCCAGGAUGACAGAGGACAAGGAGAAGCUGACGUCUGCAAUCACGGCAAAUAAGGAAGUAACUGCAGAAACAAAGAUUGAAGCCCAAAUUGACCCUGAAGAGAACCGGAUAUCUAUGGAAGUUGAGGAUACCUUCUCAUUCCUGGACAGCCAAGAUGUCCUGGAGGAAGAUCAGCUGCAGAUGAAUUCCAGAGAGGGCCCUGAUUUUCCAGAUUGUCCAUCACUUGGCUUGGACAUCCUACCAAGCACUGAAGAUGAUUUGGGAAGUGGAUUUAUGAACGAGAUGAUAGGAGGUGGGAUGGAGCUGGAGAUGUAUUCCACUGUGCCACAGCUGGGUUAUCUGUCCAUUGAGGAAUGUAUGAAUGAGCAUUCAGAAGGAGAAGAUGACCAAUUUUAUCUCGCCAUGGGAUUCAUUGAUGAAGAACCAAAGGAGGGUGAUACUGACGAGGUCUAUUUGAGUGCUUUUGAUGAUCUCAGCCCUUUAGCUAGUGAAUUAGAACACCUUCGGCAAUCUAAUGAAGAUCAAACUCCUGACAUCCCUUCCCCAAAACUCACAGUGGAAGAUCACACUUCCUGGAUGGCCAGAGAAACCUUGGUUGAAGAUUUAAAGAGCUCACAUUUACUUGAAGUUGGCAUGGAACCUCAGCAAGGUGACUUUUCAACUUGGGACCCAGCACUAACCAAGUAUCUGGACCCAAAAUUAGCCAAGCCGCAUGAGAAGGAAUUGGGUUCCAGAAGCAAUUCCAAUGAGAUGGAAACCAGCCUUACAGACAAAGCUGAAGGAGAACCCAUUUUUUCAAUGUUGCAGAUAGAAGAUACAAAUGUUGGAAGUGAGGCUGAUCUCUUUAUACAAAAAACUGGAUGUCCUGAAGAAAUUGCUUGUCAAACAUCUCUGGAUCCAGAGUCUGGGGAAAAAAAUGCUGAGGCUGAUAAAGCAGAGCCCAUUUUUUCAUUGUUGCAGGUAGAUGAUACAAAUGUUGAAAGUGAAGUUGAUCUCUUUAUACAAAAAACUGGAUGUCUUGAAGAAAUUGCUUGUCAAACAUCUCUGGAUCCAGAGUCUGGAAAAAAAAAUGCUGAGGCUGAUAAGGUAGAACCCAUUUUUUCAUUGUUGCAGGUAGAUGAUACAAAUGUUGGAAAUGAAGUUGAUCUCUUUGUACAAAAAACUGGAUGUCCUGAAAAAGUUGCUUGCCAAACAUCUCUGGAUCCAGAGUCUGAAAACCAAACUAUCAAAUCAAGUGUUGAAGAUCAGUGGCAACUUCAGAAUGCAUCCCAAAGCGAGCAGAUUCCAUGUCCUCCUUGCAGCCCCAGAGUGGAAACUCCUCCUUCAGAGGUGGUUGGAAGGUCCAAGAAACACGUGGGUGAUACACUCGUGAUUCAAGAGAUGGGAGAGCUGCACAGUAGAAAUGCUGCACAAGCUGCUUCAUCUGUGGAAGAACUCAGCUCACUUCAAGGCCUGAUUUCUUCUUCUUUACUGGACAGUAAUUCUGAGAGUGCAUCUUCUACAAGCCUCCCAGCACCGGCUGCUUGGAAUCCUAAGCAUACCUCUUCCCCUGGGGCAGCUUAUGCACAUGCACCUUUGUCUGACAGUUGCAUGAAUUCUGAAGACUUCUCCCUUACAGCCUCUGCUCAGAAACCGUGUCUAGAAAAUCGUCUGCAGAAACCACAGGAUGAAUUGCCAGCGGAAGCUUCAUAUGCUCUAAAGCAUGAACUCUUGGACGGAAGCGUCCACAUGAAGUUGACAUCCAGUACAGCACGAGUUCAGCAAGUAAAAUCUUUCCCAGUUGUGCCACCAAAGCCCCAGUUUGCUAAGGUGCCUCCUUCCUUAAAGCCAGUGACUUCCAGCAAGGAACACCUCAUCAAUGUCCCAGUUAAGAACUGUGAGGAUGGGACCAAGCAGGAGCCCAACCAAAGCUCUUUGAAAAGACCCUUCCAUCUGACCAGCUUGGACACCUCUUACCACAUCAGAGACAGCAGCCAAAACGUAGAAUCCUCCCCAGCAUCUCCUGUGCCACCCAGCUCUUCAGAGGAUUGCUGCAGCAAUUUGGGUGCCCUUCCAAAGCAACGGAAUUCGAUGCCUGUGAGCUUGGAGAAGUUUAGCAAUGACUGCAAGAACAAAGAGGACAUCGCCCCAAAGCCCCAGCAUUCUCCACGGGAUAAAUCCUUCUCGUGGUCCAAGAGUGGUGAGCUUGGAGGCAGUAGCCUUCAUCUUACAAAGGGCUCUCUGCCAGGGACUUCGGACAGACAGAACAGCAGCCAGCACGAUGAUGGGAAAGGGCCACCCCACGGACUGCUUUCACCAGAGAAGCCCAUCAGUGAGGGCCUUGAGGCCACUCCCUGGAAGCAGCGCUGGAACAACUGGCGUCACAGUGGAAGCAUGUCGUUCGAUGAGGCUGUGGCCCUCGCCAAGGAGAGGCACGUGGCCCAAGCUCCUAUGAGGAGAAUGCAAACCUAUUCCUAUGGAGACGUGGAUGGGCCACAUGGGCUGUCCAGAACGGAGAAGACUGCUCCUACCCCCAAACCUGCUCUGAGGCCUCUGGGCCAGCUACCCCAGAGGCCGCUGAGUUGCUUCAGCACAGCUGGACCUCCAGAGGCUCAUGGUUUGGGAAAGCUGCUUUUUCCCCCAGCACUGCCUGAUGUCAUCCCAGAAAGUGUGCACAGCCCAGGACAGGAAGGGUCCUCUUUCCCUCAGGACUUUCCUCCAAGAAGCAGACUGAGCUUGUCCAAGAUAGGGCGGCGCUUGUCUAUGUCCGACGAGGCAUAUUUUGGGUUGUCCCAUGAGCAGAGGUGACUGGCUAGCCCCACUUGUCCUUCCAUGGGGCCAAUUCAUGCUACCCGGCACUGGUGGGGGCUCCCACCAUGACAUAUCCAUUAGAACUACAGGAGACCUUUGCCAAAUCAAAGCAAAAGCUCAUUUAAUCCAGCCUUCCCCAAGCUGGGGCCCAAACUCUGCCCCCUCUUAACAAACAAAAGUAAUGGUUCAGAUGAAAAGAGAAAACAAAUGUCAAAUUUACCUUUUACUGGUAUUAAAAUAUUAACAAAUCCUGAUUAAAAUUCUUCUUAGUACCUCGUCGCUAUGAAAAUAUUCAGUGCAAAGGAACACCCCCCCCCACAUACGUGAAGUAUGCGUAUUUAACAUACCUAUUUUCUUUCUUUAUUCUACCAGUAUGAAAUUCGGCAAUGUGUUUUCUUUGCAGCAGGGCAGCUGUGGGUGUGAUUUCACGUAGCACCCUGAUUUCCUUUGGCCCCCCAUUGAGGCACACGUGACCCGCUCUCCCCACUCCACAGGCUAUGAACAGCUAGGAACUGGUGUCUUGAGAUAGCCAGAGACGUAGCCCCGGUCAACAGUCGGGAGUUGAUACGGGGGACGUACUCACACACCUCUCAGUGGGGCAGUAACCUCCAAAGGACAGGAUGAGCAGCUAAGUCUCAUUUAAGCACGAGACAGCACACAAAGGAAUCCUUUGUCCGCCCCAAGCUUUAUGGAGGACAACACAGUCAAGAUUUGCUGGAGCACUUCCACACACUUACCUUCCAUUCUCACCUAUGCCCUGAACCCACCCCGGACAACUGGCCAAGGAGCCUGAGGGGAAAGGGGACAACGAGCAGCAGCCACGGAGGAUGCAUCCCAACCAGCUUCCCGUCCGCCCUUCUCUUUUCCCACAGGUCUCCGUCUUGACUGCUGCUCUCACCGGCCUCCGUCUGCCCCGAGGCGGCUUCUGUUGAUGCUUGGCUGACCUCGCAGGUCCACAUCCUUCAAAUAACCUUUUUGCUGGGUUCGCUGCUUCUCCCCACCCCACCCCACCCUUUUUAAAAAAACUUUUGCUCUCUUCAGGCCCUUAUCAAGUUGCCAGGAGCGUCUGCAGGAUGUGGUCCAAAAAGCCAAGAUGCCAGCCGUGGGGAUGAGAUUUAAGAUCCGUCCGGUUUUUACGGGUCUCGACACAACACCCAUAAAAACCAAGCAGAGCUACAAUUGCACCGCCACGACCACCCUCUUGACUUUUUUUUACCAUGCCCUGUGGACGCCCUGGCAAGUGUUCAGAGAGGGUUCGGAAUAUUUACAACGUGCUGCGGCCGGUGUUUUCCGCAGCAAUCUCAUUCUGCCUCUGUCUGCCCAAGUGCAUUAGGGAUAUUGUGAUACUGGCUUACUAGGCAGGAUUGUUGUAAAGAUCACAACAACUCUGAUCGCAGGCUGGUUGGUAGCACAGGGGAAGCAAGGUGGGGGGCCGUUCCCCAAUUAGGUCAGGGGACAGCAUUAAAACAAGGCAACUCGUAGAGCAUCAGGCCUCUCUCCCUUUAAUUCUGGGUAUCUCCUAGAGUCCUCCCCAAGUUUACAUGGCUUGAAAUGUAGACAGGGCAAUUUUCUGCCAGUACACUUUAGGAAAUCAAGUCAAAUAGGUAUUGUGUGAGAUGUAUUGGUAUAAGCCAAAUAAAAAA